AUGAAACCAUCUAAACUGCAAGAUCAUCUGAGAAGAUGCCACCCUGAUAAAACAGAGAAAGAUUUGAAAUACUUUCAAACACUCAAAGAUGAAUUUCAGAAGAGACCUACACUGGACAGAAUGUUCGCUUCGACGUCACAAAGAAAUGAUGAUGGUUUGCGGGCGUCUUACAAUAUCUCGUUACUUAUAGCAAAAUCCGGAAAACCGCAUACUAUCGGAGAGAAGUUAAUUUUGCCAGCCGUUGAAGAGGUUUUAAAAACUGUUUUACAGAAACCUGCAUCUGAUAUCAUUAAAAGAAUUCCCUUAAGCAACAAUACUGUUGAAAGACGUAUUGAUGAAAUGAGUUCUGAUAUUGAAAGCUUCUUUUGUAAUUAUUUGCAAACGACCCAUUUCUCUAUACAACUGGACGAGUCAACUUUACCUGAUAAUGCAGCAUUAUUAUUGGCAUAUGUUCGUUUUAUUAUGAAUCAAGAAAUCUACGAAGAACUGCUCUUCGCAAGAACUUUGAUAACCGACACUAAAGGUGAAUCAAUAUUUCAUGUUUUGAAGGAUUACUUCAUUGAAAAAGCAAUUCCUUUAUCAAAUAUAAUAUCAGUAGGUACAGAUGGAGCACCUGCCAUGGUUGGACGUUAUCGUGGAUUUAUAAGCUAUUUAAAACAAAAUGUGUCAGGGGUGUUAGCAAUACAUUGCGUCAUCCACCGACAACAUUUAGUUGAUAAAAAUUUUAGUGUGAGAUUGCAUGAAUCACGUCAUUUUUUCACUGAUGCAAUAAACCGAAUCCGAAGCAAUGCGUUGGAUGCGCGGUUAUUUGCGCAGUUGUGUGAAGAAAAUGACGAACACUUUCAUCAAUUACUCCUUCACCCUGAAGUACGCUGGCUGUCGAAAGAUUUUUUGCAUUUUUUGAGACUAUUUUAG